ACAUAUCUGUAGUUUACAACUUCAAAAACGACAAACAAUGUACGAGCAAGCUAAAAGGAUAGACUCGUAGAGAGAGCAUUUUAUGAACUUCAUUUUCCUUGGUGUGAGACAGACAUGGAAGGAGAUAAAGGCAAAUUAUGUGUAACAGGAGGUACUGGAUUUAUAGCUUCUUGGUUGAUCAUGAGGCUUCUUGAACAUGGAUAUUCUGUCCGCACCACCAUUAGACCUGAUCCAGAACACAAGAGAGAUGUUAGCUUCUUGACAAGUCUACCAGGAGCAUCUGAAAAACUCCAAAUCUUCCAAGCUGAUCUCAGUGAUCCGGAAAGCUUUGAAGCGGCCAUUGAAGGAUGCACCGGUGUAUUUCAUGUGGCUAGUCCUAUAGAUUUUGAAGAUAAAGAACCAGAGGAAGUGGUUACAAAAAGAGCAGUUGAUGGAACACUUGGCAUCUUAAAGGCAUGCCUUAACUCUAAAACUGUGAAGAGAGUCGUGUACACUUCAAGUGCAUCGGCUGUUGCUUUUAGCAACAAUGUCGUGGACACAAUGGAUGAAAGCUUUUGGAGUGAUGUGGAUUACAUUAAAUCUAUCAAGUCCUCUCUUGGUUAUUUUGCUAAUUAUAUGAUUUCCAAGACCAUAACAGAGAAGAAAGCUCUUGAAUUUGCAGAAGAAAAUGGAUUAGACCUUGUAACCGUAAUUCCUUCUCUUGUUCAUGGUCCCUUCAUUUGUCCUAAGUUCCCUGGCUCAGUCCACACAUCACUGGCUAUGAUACUUGGUGAGAAAGAGGAAUAUGGUGCUCUUAUCAGUGGAUCAAUGGUGCACACAGAUGAUGUGGCUAGAGCACACAUCUUUAUCUUUGAAUAUCCCGAUGCAAAAGGGAGGUUUAUUUGCUCUUCACACACCAUCACCAUUGAAGAGAUGUCUAAAUUUCUGUCUGCCAAGUUUCCUGAGUUUCCAAUACCAACUGUGGAAUCUUUGAAGGACAUUAGAGGCUAUAAAGCACCUGGAAUGUCACCAAAGAAGCUAUUGAACUCUGGUUUUGAAUUCAAGUAUGGGCUAGAUGAGAUGUUUGAUGAUGCAAUUCAAUGCUGCAAAGAAAAGGGCUAUCUUUAGUUUAUAUAUUAGAAACAAGUCUCUGCAUUAUUGUAUAUUAAUACUUAAUGCUCUCUUCCUGUUCAUUGAAUAUAAAGUCAGUGACUAUUCAACUUGAAAAUAUAGCUUUAACAGAGGAUUGAUUUUGAGGCA